AUGUUCUCCAAUACGCUAGCUUACAGCUCAGAGGAAGAUCAAUUUGAAUCUAUGGAGCAGCUUGUCAACUUUAUUAUUCGGCCUCCCAGGGCUGAAUACGACCCAAAAAAUGAUUUAUUGGAUGAAGAGUUCAUACUGAAAGGGAAAUGGUACCAAAGAAAGGAUGUGGAGGUAAAAAACAGCCGGGGUGAUGUCCUCAAGUGCAGUCAUUACAUGCCCAUUGUUAGUCCUGAAGAAAAGCCUUUGCCUUGUGUAAUAUACUGUCACGGAAACAGUGGGUGCAGGGCUGACGCCAGUGAAGCAGCUAUUAUUUUGCUGCCUUCAAAUAUUACAGUUUUCACACUUGAUUUCUCAGGAUCCGGACUCUCAGGAGGAGAGCACGUCACGUUAGGAUGGAAUGAAAAGGACGACCUGAGGACUGUGGUUGAUUAUUUGCGAGCAGAUGGAAAUGUCUCUUUGAUUGGCUUGUGGGGCCGUUCAAUGGGUGCUGUUACUAGUCUUUUGUAUGGAGCUGAGGAUCCUUCAAUAGCAGGAAUGGUUCUUGACAGUCCGUUCUCUGAUUUGGUUGAUUUGAUGAUGGAACUGGUGGACACCUACAAAAUCCGUUUACCAAAGUUCACUGUGAAGUUUGCAAUCCAAUACAUGCGAAGAGCUAUCCAGAAAAAGGCUAAAUUUGACAUAACGAAUCUGAACACCAUUAAGGUGGCAAACUCUUGCUUUGUUCCAUCUUUGUUUGGCCAUGCCAUUGAUGAUGAUUUUAUACAACCCCAUCAUUCAGAUCGUAUAUUUGAGGCUUAUAUGGGAGACAAAAAUAUCAUCAAAUUUGAGGGAGAUCACAAUUCUCCACGACCUCAAUUCUACUUUGAUUCGAUAAAUAUCUUUUUCCACAAUGUUUUGCAACCCCCAGAGGAUGAGGUUGGGGGAACUUUUUUUGACACUCUGCACGAUAACUUUGGUAAGGGUAGUUGGAGAAGUGUGCAUGAAGUUAAUUAUGAUAAUGGACGUUCAACUGCUUCUAAAGAACCAGCAACGAGCAGCAGCCAACAGGAUGCCAUUAGACAGCUCCGUUCGAGAAGACCCAUGAGUCGGACAGAGGUUCCUUCUGGUAUUUCAUCUAAAGAUGACCAAUCUGAAUCCAAGGAUGGAAAAGCCAAUAAUGAUCUUUGUCCAUCAUCUUCUGAUAUGAUUAGCUUUGAAUUCUCAAACGGCCAUCCUUGUGAACCCCAUGUUCCAACCACAAUGGACGAUGAUCAAUAUGUAGAAUACCAACUUGACGACCUGGCAGGUUUUCCGAGUGAUGUGGAUGAGGAAGAAAGGAUGUUCAUGGAAGCAGUGAUCUUGUCACUAAAAGACUUAGAAAUGAGACACCCACAAGCAGAAGAGCAACCACCAGGGGAUACCCCUGGUUCAAAGUUAUCCCAAAAGGAUGACCGGCUGGAUGAUGCCUCUCCUGCAGAGCAGCGAGAGCUGUUGGAGACAGAAUCCACUUCCACUUCGGUUGGGCACCAUGGGUCUUCAAAAACAGAAUCUACUUGCACUUCAGUAGUUGAAGCCCAUGAUUCAAGACCUGAGGAUCAAACUCGCACGAAAGUUCCAUCUACAGAACCUGCAUCACAAACUCCUCCAUCCAUAAUGGAUUUGGGAAGCUCCGGGCCAUCUACCCAAAGUGAUACACCACCAGCAAGCAUCCAAAGCACCUCAGAUUCUGACAUGUCAGCUAACACAACUGCCACAGUAACGGUUGUAAAAAACCCUGCAAGCAAUGUCAUGGACGGUUUGAUUCGUCGUUGGGAUUUUAACUUCUUUAGAAACAACCACAGUCGAUAA